CCUGAGGCUGUAUAUAUCUCCCAAGCAGAAGUGAUGCUCUACUAUUGUUCCUCCAAACACACUUGUGGACAGAUGUCUGGAGUGAGUGAGUGAAUGGGGUAGAUUUGGAAGCAAAAGGAGGUGUGUUGCACUAGCAGAACCCAUGCGUAAUCCCUAGUCUUAACAAAAAGAAGCUGUGUGUGUGUGAGAAAGUGGUUCCACAUUGCGGAGCUAGUUUUUUUCUUUUUCCCUUUUUUCUUUUUUUAUUUAAAGAAGGCCUUACCUAAGGCUAGGUAGUGUGGGACCAUGCUACUGAUGUCACUGCUGGUCCUGAUGCUGACUGGUUGGUGUGCAGCAGCACCUGUGGGAAGAGAAGUCUACAGAAUGCCACAAAGUGUGCUCAAAGCUCUCUCAAAUAGGGGGACAAUGGUGAUGGAGGCAGCAUUGGUCCGUGCUCUUAAUGCCAUAGAUCAGGCGAUAGCAGACAGGAACAGAGCAGAGGCCAGCUGCAUGAGCUGCAUGCCCUGUCUGUUUCAGGACUGUGGACAGCGCUCAGGAACAUGUGGGUCUGCAGAGUCUGUAUUAAUGGAGCCGAGCUGUGAGAUGAUGAGACAAACUCAAAGUUUGCCUGAAGAGGCUGAGAGAAGCUGGGCUCUAAGUCAGAUGUGUGGGUUUUACCAACGUCGCUGCUCUACCACAGAGCUGCACUCUGACUCCUGCAUCAGGAUAAUGGGAGAGAGCUGCAGCUCCAGGCUAUUACAAUGCAGUCUCAUUAACACCAUGCAGAACCUGGAGCCAGCCAGUGAGACCAGGACAGAGGCUUUGUGUGGGCAGAGGGUCUCAGGUGGAAAGACCCUCACACAGCCACACUCACGGAUCAUGGGUGGCUCUCAGGCAUCCCCUGGCAGCUGGCCUUGGAUUGUCAACCUGCAGCUGAAUGGAGCUCUGAUGUGUGGAGGAGUCCUAGUGGACAGCUCCUGGGUCCUCACUGCUGCACAUUGCUUCAUUGGAAGUCAAAGUGAGCAUUACUGGACAGCUGUGGUUGGAGAAUUUGACAUCACUAAGGCUGACCCUGAUGAGCAGGUCAUGAAGGUUAACCGCAUCAUCACACAUCCAAAGUUCAACCCAAAGACAUUUAAUAAUGACAUUGCCCUGGUGGAGCUGAGCUCUCCUGUGGUUUUGUCAGCGCAUGUGAUGCCUGUGUGUUUGCCCUCUGACCCUGAGCCUCCCCCUGGAGCACCAUGUUUGGUGGCUGGAUGGGGCUCGCUUUAUGAAGAUGGUCCAGCGGCUGAUGUGGUGAUGGAGGCGAUGGUUCCUCUGCUGUCUCAUAGCACAUGUAAAAAUGCCCUGGGCAAACAGCUGCUCACCAACACCAUGUUCUGCGCUGGCUACCUGUCCGGAGGUAUCGACUCAUGUCAGGGUGAUUCUGGUGGGCCACUGAUCCUCCAGGACCUUACUUCAGGGAGGUUUCAGUUAUAUGGUAUAACAUCUUGGGGAGAUGGCUGUGGGGAGAAAGGCAAGCCUGGCGUAUACACUCGUGUUGUGGCUUAUAAAGACUGGAUCCUUUCUGAAAUCCAUAAAUCUUUUGGAAGCAGGGAACCCACAUGUGCAGAGCUUCUGAAGACAUCAGAGUUGUCAGAGGAGCAGCGCAUGUCCGAGUUCACCUCACUCUGCCAUUUCUACAUGCUGAGCUGCCCUAUAACCUUGGACCCAUCUGGGUGCCAGCGACUAGCCCAGGACAACUGUCAGAGCCGCUUCAAAAAAUGCCAAUUGCAUUCAUUCCUGCAGACUCUGUUGGAUCUGUUGCAGAGGGCAGAUGAUUAUGUCCGAGAUAAGGUGGACCUGACCUUCUUCACUCAGAGUCUUCCCCAACUGGUGGAACAUGUAUACAAUUCUUCAGUCAACAUACGAACACGACGACAAACCGCAGUGUUUGCUCAAAGGAGACACAGAAGACAGUUGCUUGAUGGACAGAUCCGUGAAGCAAUGUGUCCUGGGGUCGCAGAGUUGGCACAGCAGGUCAUUGUUACGAAGGAGAUGUACAACUGGAUUCUAAACAUCACACCAAGCAACCUCAACAUGAAUUUCCAAGAGGUGCUGGUUGACCUCACCACAAAAAAUGAACAUGGUCUAUAUGAAGCACGCGUCAAAGCAACUAUAGGUGGACAUCUGUUGACCUUCUACAGCCUUGUGGGCUUGGAAAAUGAUUCAUUUUUUAGGAGCAUGCCACACAUCAUUGCUCUAGCACUUGAUGCACUUAAAACUUAAAGAGGAAUGUAAACAAAUAUACACUUCACUCUGCAGUCUGUAUUGGUGUGGACAGUGGGUGUUAAUCACCCAAUCUUGAAUCCAGCACUAUCUGGAUCCAGUAUAAUUUCACUUGUUUCAAGUGACAUACAGCAGUAAACUUCAUUGACGUCUUCUUCAUGGGCAUGUAACUUGCUAGAGAAAAGUUACUCACUAUUAUUUGAAGGCUCCUCCCUUCAACAGCUGGCAGAACUGAUUCAAGUGAUGCAUUUUGUCCACAGAAUUCUGCAGCCUGAGACAUCAGACUAGGUGUAAAUUAUAAUGUUUCAUAAAGUAAAGAAAUUUCAGCAGCAUAUUAGCUGACAGAGAGAUGAUCGCUUCUUGAAGUAUUCUUCAGUAGUCAUAUUAUAGGGGAAGUGCCACAUUUUGGGGAACAGCGUGUCCAAAACGUUUAAUAGUUUAUUUUAAAGACUUUUAAUAUAAAUACUUAUACAUUAUGUCAGACACUGAGCAGGGUUCUAUGAGUUGGAACUAGCUGGGACUUGGAGUUGUUCUAGAACUGAUGUUCUGAUGUUCAUAUUUUUCACUGAAAGUAUUUCUAUGGGUCUUGUGACCCAUAUGGAUCGUGUGUCCUUAAUUUAUUCAUUGCAAUACAGGAGAGGUGGAACCUCUUUUUGAACUGGACUGAUGUCAUUUUUUUUUAUUUAUUUAUUUUAUAGAUAAGACCACUUCAUAUUUUUGUAAAAAUAAAAAGAAAGAAAGAACAGAAUGCAAAUUAAAUUCCUGUGAAUAAAUUCUUACAUUUUCAGUCAGACUAAAGUGCUUAAUCUGCUGAAACACAGUAUGAGGAUGUCUGGUUAAAUUAAAUCAGAAGUAUAAUCAGAACAUUUAUAAUGUUACAACAUGCACCUUGGAAAUACUGCACCAGCAGUAUCAUUUCCCCCUUUUUACUAUCUUUAUUUGCAGCACUGCACUCUGUUGAUCCUGUAAUGUAUCACACACCCAAUGAAAGAAGCAAUAAACACAUUUCAAUCACUGUUUAGCUGUUUAGUCUCACACAGCAGUGUGAAGAACUUUUUUACAUGGAUUACAUAAUUAAGAGGAGUAACUUCUAAGUGUUUUUUUUCUCUCAGUGGCCUUGGUGGAACAUUAGGUACAUUAAACUCAGUGCUGUAGUACUGUAUUAACAAAUUGUGCUUCAUGAGGUGGGGCCAUUGGAGCAGGGCCUGGUCGAACCUGAGGGUAAAGGGGUGC